AUUCGACUUCAUCACCCCUAAAAGUCAUCUCCAACCACAUCCACAAUGUCUCUCAGCUACCUCCCCUCCGUUAAGCCCUCUGCCAUUGCCCUCGGCACGGCCUUCAACCACGCCAUCUCCCUCGCUGUCCUCGGCCCCGUCUUCGGUGACGCGUACCGUCGCGCACAGCAGGCCAACUCCAAGGAGGAGUACUUCAACUCCAAGGAGGCCGCCACCGCUGCCGCCUCGUGGGGAAGCUCCAUCGUCGGCUCUGCCGUCCAGACCUACGGUGUUGGUGCUCUCAUCAACGCCACCGGCACCCUCACCUACAAGGGCGCUGCUUACCUCGGCUCCUUGAUCUUCUUCGCUUCCGCUGCCCCCUCGAUCGUCUCCCAGGUCCUCACCGAGAAGCGCCCUCUUGACACCAUCCUCGUUGGCGGUGUUGCCCGUGUUCUCGAGACCGUUGGCCUCAGCUUGUUCCUCACCUACUGGGGAACCCGCACCAACCCCUUCGAGUAAAUAUCUCGCUAGUGGCUGGUGAAGGAGUUUGGAAGUUUUUCUCGAAGGCAAAGAUUGAGUUCUUCGAUCAUGAUGUGGA